CGUGACUGAUCCAUCCCUUCCUUCAAUUGGAAGUGAAAGAUAUUUAAAUGGAAAGCGGCAAUGUUCUACUUUUUUAUACCAUUACCUCAUGUAUCCAACACAUAUUGUCGCGCCAAUAAACUUGAUAUGGAGACCAACUUCCGUAAUUAACACAAGUGCAGAGAAUAAUAAAGUCACAAGACAUGUGUUAAUGUGGGUUCAUGGAUGUGCUUUUGACGAAGUUUUUGAAAUACUAGAGAUCGCUAUUGAGAAAAUGGAAUUACAAUGUGAAAUAUCCAUUUCAAACCUUCAAGAUGAAUUUUUAAUAUUUGAAUUAACGGGUCCGAGAUCAACUGCGUUAUUACAAGAAGUAUUAGAUAUUGCUGACGAUGCUUCUGGAUCCAAUACCGAAAGUUCAUUGGACAUAAAUACUAGCGUCAAUGUUGAUACCGAGAUUAGGGAAGCAAAGAAAGCUUGCAUUAAUAGUGAAGCACAUAAGGCUUGGGCUACAUUACGAGAUUUACGUAGUUCAGCGUCCUUACCACCAGGAGCU